AUGGCUCGUCUGGUUACCAGCGUUUCGCGAACGAGACGGAGCUCGUCGUACUUGUCGCUCGCGGUGUUUCUUCUCGUGCUACUCCUGCUCUUCGCGACCGUCGCUCGCUCCGCUAAGAUCACAUUCGUCAGGAAGAACGGCAAGACGUACGUGAUUAAAACGGGCGGCGACGAUUGGGACGACGAUGACGAUGAUCUGGAGGAAACGGACGGCGAGGAUGAUCCGAAGCGGGAGGGAGCAGAUUCGGCAGAAGCAGGAACCCCAGCAGGAUCUAAGAAAGCGAAGAAGGAUAGCGACGAGCCUAAGCGAGGCGAGGCGAUUAAAGCCGUCAAAUCGCCCGAAUCGGCAGCGGCAGCGGCAGCGGCGGAAGCGGCGGCGGCGGCGGCGCUAGCGGCAAUGGCGGACGAUCCGCUGGUGGAGAAGUAUAAACAGGAGCCGUUGGAUCCGGGAUCGUGGCGGACAGCUGUCGAGAUGCCAUUGGCGGACGUGCGCCGGCGCGCGGAGCAGGGGGACGCGGAGGCGCUGUGGGCGCUGGGGGUGAAGCGGCUGGUGGGCGCGGGGGGGCGAGGGGGAGUGGCGCGGGAUAUUCCCAAGGCGCUGCUGCUGCUGGAGCGCUCCGCGGAAAAGGGAUUCCCCCACGCGCACUCCGCGCUGGGGUUCCUCCACGCGAGCGGAUACGGAGUUCCGCUGAACCAGGUGAAAGCGUUUCUCCACCACACGUUUGCUGCCAAUGGCGGCAGCGUGCAUUCCAAGAUGGCCCUCGCCUUCUCGCACCUCCGCCAGCAGGAGUUCGAGCGCGCCGCGGCGCUUUACGCUGACGUGGCAGCCAAGUCAAUGGCGGUCAACAGCCUCCCGGGGCAGGCGCCGCUGAUAGAGACGGUGCAUCUGAGCGCGGGAGGGGAGGAGAGUUUGGAGGCGACGAGAGGGCACAGGGGAGAGGCGGAUGAAACCAUUCAGUUCAUCGAGUUGCAGGCAUCACGGGGAGCGGUGGAGGCCAUUCGCACGCUGGGCACGCUCUACUACUGGGGGGCGCGGGGCAUGCCGCGGGACCACGUGAGGGCGUUUGGGCUGAUGAAGAAAGCCGCUGAGAUGGACGACCUGCAUGAUGCCGAUAUCUAUUUCGUCCUGUCCGUGGGCUCUCUCACUCACCCUCUGCCUAACCCCCUCUCCCUCCCCUCUGUUCACCCCUCUCACUCACUACCCCCACAGGCCAUGCUGACGCUGGGUGAGAUGCUCACACACGGAGCCAUGUUGACUCUUGGCGAGAUGCUCACACACGGUGUGGGCUGCAAGGCCAACCCCGUGGAGGCAAUGGUGUGGUUCAACAAGGCGUAUGCACGCGGGCUCGUGAGCGCGCUCAACGGAGUGGGAUACCUGCACGCUAAAGGGCUGGGGGUGCCUCAGGACUACCACAAGGCGGUGCAAAACUUUCUCACGGCUGCCCGGAAGACCCGGGAUGUGGACGCGUUGUACAAUCUGGGAAUGAGCCACCUUAGAGGGCAGGGCGUGAGACGCAACCCCAGCAAGGCGCUGCGGUUCCUGCAGCAGGCGGUGGAGGGGCAGCACGUGGGCGCCAUGUACCAGAUGGGCAAGAUGCAUCUGACAGGGACUGGGGUCCCGAAGAAUGUUGUCAUGGCCGCUCGCCUUCUAAAGGCGGUGGCGGAGCGGGGGCCAUGGGGGGUCAUGCUGCGGUGGGCACACGCAUGCUUCAUGUCAUCCACCCAAGGCCCCUCCCUCUGGUCCCUCUCCCGCUCCGCCUCCUCCUCCUCUCCCUUCUCCCUCUCCUUCUCCUUCUCGCUCUCCUCCCCGCUCUCCCCCCCCUCCCUCCGCUCCUCCUCCUCCUCUUCCUCCCCGUCCGCCUGGCCUGCGUCCUGUGAUGUGGGCACAUCGCUGAUGCUCUACUCGAGAGCUGCGGAGUUGGGGUAUGAAGUGGCACAGGGGAAUGCCGCCUGGCUGCUGGAUAAGGUGGUGGGUGACUCGGUGCUGGACAAUGCGUGUGUGGGCGCUCCUCGCAGCACCGCCACCAGCACUGCCACUUCAUCUUCCUCUGCUUCCUCUGCUUCACCUGAAGCGGUUCAGAAGGACAGGGAAGCUACAGAUGGGGUUGCAAGCGAUGAGAAUAACGCAGUGGGUGGAGAGGGGUCAGCAAGUGGUGGAGAGGGGUCAAGAGGUGCAGAGGCCGGUGCUACAGGUGGGGAACCGUCUCAAGGGGAUGAAUUAGAAGGCGGUGGGGUAGUGCAAGGGGAGGGAGGCAGAGCGGAGGAGCAGCAGGAGCAGAAUGAACAGAAGGGACAGAAGGAACAGCAGGAGCGGAGUAAGGAUAGUGUCACUAGCGGCAGGAGGGGUUGGAGGCGGUGCAGUGAGGCGGAGAGGCAUGAGAGGUCGCACCGACUGUGGCAGCUGGCAGCAGAGCAGGGCAGCGUGCAGGCAGCACUGCUGCUGGGUGAUGCCUUCUUCUACGGUCGAGGCCAGCCGCGGGACCUGCAGCGAGCAGCAGAGGCGUACUGGAGGGCGAGGGAGAAGGGCAGUGCACACGCCAUGUUCAACCUGGGGUUCAUGCACGAGCAUGGCAUGGGACUACCCAGAGACCUGCAUUUGGCCAAACGAUUCUAUGACCAGGUUCUUGAUGCCUUCCCCCGGGCAGUGGUGCCGGUGAGAAUCGCCCUCUUCGGCCUCUGGAUGCGCAUGCAGUACGGCCACUACCCUCUUGUGUCCAAGGCAUUGGAUGUGUUGCCUGAGAUCGGCCCGGCCACGGCGGGGGCAUUGAAGGCGGCCCUGAGGGACAACACUAAUCCAUACAUUGCCCCUCCCCGCCUCCCCUUUCCCCUUCAUCCCCCCUCCUCUCAGUCCAAGGCAUUGGAUGUGUUGCCUGAGAUCGGCCCAGCCACGGCGGGGGCAUUGAAGGCGGCCCUGAGGGACGACACCAACGCCUACAUCGCUUCGCUCCUCGCUCUCCUGCUUGCCGUUCUCUUCCUGCGCUCCCAGCGCCGCCAGCAACGAGUGGUGCAGGCGUGA